CUCGGCCCGCCCCCUCCAGCCCCCGCCCCGAGUUUCGCUCUCUCCGGGGCGGGGCAAGCGGCGAGUGCUGCCGGGCCAGCCAAGUUGGAGCGCGCCCCGCCCGGCGCCCUCCCCGUCCCCGCGCCCUCCCCGCCGGGGCGCGCUGCCCGCAGCUCCGCACGCGCAGGGGCGGCACCGGGGAGGGCGCGCGGCGCGGGCAGCGGCCGGAGAGGAGCUCGGGGCGGUGGAGGUGAUGACCGCGGCGGCAUGGAGUUCCCGGAGCACGGCGGGCGGCUGCUGGGCCGCCUGAGGCAGCAGCGUGAGCUGGGCUUCCUGUGCGACUGCACUGUGCUGGUGGGCGACGCGCGCUUCCCGGCCCACCGCGCUGUGCUGGCCGCGUGCAGCGUCUACUUCCAUCUCUUCUACAGGGACCGGCCCGCGGGCAGCCGCGACACGGUGCGGCUCAACGGCGACAUCGUCACGGCGCCUGCCUUCGGCCGUCUGCUGGACUUCAUGUACGAGGGCCGCCUGGACCUGCGCAGCCUGCCCGUCGAGGACGUCCUGGCCGCCGCCAGCUACCUGCGCAUGUGCGACAUCGUCAAGGUCUGCAAGGGCAGGCUCCGCGAGAAGGAGCGCGCGCUGCCCCCGGAGACGCCCGCCCCUGGGGCAGAGCCACCGGGCCGGCCCCCGGGCCCUCUGUCUGCCUGGGCCCCCGCGCCCUGUCCAGCCUCUCUGAAGGCCAGGCUCCCUCCCGCCGGGCCAAAGGCCACCCGCCCUCCGCCCGCACCGGGACCUCCCCCCUGGCAGGCGUCUGGAGAGUCAGACGGGGCCCUGGACCUGUCGCUGAAGCCCGGCCCGAGGCGGCCGCCCGUCCGCCCACCCUGCGCCCUCCAGACCGCCCCCUGCCGCCAGAAGCAGCCCGGGGCCCAGCCGGUGGUGAAGGAGGAGCCAGACUCAGAGUCCGAGCGGGAGGACGGAAGCAGCAGCCCUCGGAGCGCCCAUAGCCCCCUGCGGCCCCCCGGUGUUCCCGCGGCGGAGCCCCUGGCCGGGGGCUUGGGGCCGCUGCCGGUGCGCGGGGUGGGCAGGGGGGCGCCGGGGCCCGAGGCGGAGCGGGGGGAGCUGGAGGCCGCCCUGCGGCCGACCGGGCGCCUCUGCCUCUGCCCGCUGUGCGGCAAGCUGUUCCCCGGCGCCCACGUGCUGCAGCCACACCUCAGCGCCCACUUCCGCGAGCGGGACGGCGGCCGCGCGCGGCUCUCGCCCGACGGGGUGGCACCCACGUGCCCGCUCUGCAGGAAGACCUUCUCUUGCACGUACACGCUGAAGAGGCACGAGCGCACGCACUCGGGCGAGAAGCCCUACACGUGUGUGCAGUGCGGCAAGAGCUUCCAGUAUUCGCACAACCUGAGCCGCCACGCCGUGGUGCACACACGCGAGAAGCCGCACGCCUGCCGCUGGUGCGAGCGCCGCUUCACGCAGUCAGGGGACCUCUACCGCCACGUCCGCAAGUUCCACUGUGGCCUGGUCAAGUCCCUGCUGGUGUGAAGGGCCGACGGAGGGGCGGAGGGAGUGUGAGGCCCGGAGCUCAGCAGAAGCCCCCAGGGCUGGGCCAGCCCAGCAGAAGGAACCCUGCUGCCCUGGGAAAAUGGCCCCAGACUUGGAUGGACUGGGAGCCGCCGGGGCAGUCCUCCAGCCUUGGCCCUCCGUUCCAACUCACUCUUGUCCCUGGAUCUGCCCUGACCAGACACUGAACUCCUCCGUCCAGCCUGUGAACUCCUCUCUCCAGCCUGUCCCAAGGAAGGUCCGAAGGGUCCGAAGGGCCCGGGCUCCCCAGCGAGAGGAGGCCAGCUGACCCUCCUCCCAGGCUUUCCUGGCCACCCCAUGAGCAGGCUCGGGGGGCACCCUGUGAGCCUGGCACUGUGCUCGGUGAAGGAUGCCCGCUCACAGAUGCUGUCAGUGUGAGUCCCAACGGGAGCUCGGACGGAACAGACCACUCCUGGUGGGUGGCAGUAGGAACCCCUGCGGGGCGCCCCGGGCACAGUGAGCACCAGCAGGGCCCUCAGGGCACAGCUGGUGUCCCAGGGGUGCGGCCCCAGCAGGAACCCGGGUGGCAGCAGAGCCAGCUGGGAGCAGAGGGCUGCGGAGCUGCGGGCACUGGGAAGGGAGGCAGGCCCUCCGCAGCUCUGGUCCUGCCCACACCGCAACACAGGGCGGAGAGUGGGAUUUGGAAGCAUUUCUCUAGAUACAGAAGGAGCCUCUGGAGGUUGCCAGAUGUUGGCGCGUGGUCGCUGGGCCGUGCCACUCCCCUGCCUGAGCACAGGGACCAGUAUGCCUCCUGGCCGCCCCCAGGGGGCCGCCGAGCGGGGCUGGGAACGCAGCCCCCCCCCUGGAGCAUUCCUGGUCAGUGGCAGGCCUGACCCUGAAGGUCAUCUGUCCACCUGACGGCGGUCUCCCUGGAGCUGCUGGUCAUUGCCAGAGUGCUGUAGGGGACCGAAGGCUGCAGUUUGGAUCAGAGCCAGGUGGGCAGAGUUUCCUUUCCCUACGGGGCGGGGCAGGGGGAGAGUCUGAGUCAGGCAUUGCUUGGGGCGGGGUGGGGGGAAGGCAUGUGGCCUCCAGGCAGCGGUCACAGGACCCCGCACGCCACUUGUGGAGGCUGAUGCUCCUAAAACGCAAAAGGCUGCUGCAUCUGCGCUUGGUGGAGGCACUCCGCCUCGUCUGCCUGCUCCCUGGGCAGGUCUCGCUGCCGGGUCCCAGUGGGUGGGCAGAGGUGGGGCCGCCCCAGGUCCUGGGGGUCCAGAAGGUGGCAGAGCCGCCCAGACUCCUGGUUUCCCCAGAGCCUGGGCUCUUGCUGCUGUGACCGGAAGUGGUGCUGAGGUCCGAGUUCAAGUUUUAAAUUAUUGCUCGGCUCCUGACAACACUUGAUGUCGUAUUUAUUCGUCUGCUUGGUCUGGAGUGAGAAGACCAUCGGCCUUUGCAGCAGGUGGGCAGGCGGGGGCCAUCCCCCUGCAGGCCCUCAGCCCUCCCGGUGUGUGGGCAAGCUGGCCUGCAGACCAGAGAGAGAACCGUGGGAAGGGUCCCUGCUUCUGAUUGUCCUGGCUCCCGGCCCUGCACCUCUCGGAGGGCUGGUGGGACUGCACUCAUGGGUAAUGUGCUCCAUGACCGGAUUUCCAUGCGUGAGUGUGUGCUUGGGAGUGUGUGUGCGUGUGUGAUAGAGAGAGUCUGCCUGUGUGGGCAUCUGUGUCCAGCAAAGGCGGGGCCUGAGCCAGACCAGCACCCAAGCCCCCGCCCCAGCAGGCAGUGGGGAGAUGAAGCCUCAGCCUUGGUUUUCCCCACGGGGUUUCCACUGGGGAAGAAAUUUAUUUUCCUGGGGCAGGAAGCCAGCCUGUCCUGAGUUAUCAACACUGGAUUCAUUGUCUUCUGCAAACAGUUACUGUGAAGUUAAUGUACAGAGAAGUGGUCAGUUUUAUGUUUAACAACUGACACAGUUCAGAUUAAAAAAAAAAUAUAUAUAUAUAUACACACACACAUAUAUUUAAGACACUAACCAUGUGGGAUUGUGUCGCAGAGGCAUGUGUAGAUAGCCACCUUGCUGGGGGGCGCCUGCUCUGUGGGGCCCUCCUGGAUGGCCCAGCCUCCCGCCCCUCGGGCGCCACUGCCCCUGGGUGGGGGUCCUCCGUGUGCCUGGAGGACAGUCCUUGGCGCUUGGCGUCUGGCGGGAGGACUUGCUGGCGUGCGCCCGCCUGCUGUAACGGUCUCCCCCUGUGCAUGUUGUCGUCUCAGUGACAGUGGUAAUAAAGCCCACCCCAGGUGGA